AAUUUUGUGAUGCAGUAAAGUAAUUUAACAGUAUAUUCUUAGGGAUAUACUGUCCUAAGAAUAGAUGGUUAAAUAGUUGCUUUCUUGAAAGUUAGAAGAUUAGUCUUGAUAGUUAAGUUGAAAUAGUCCUUUGCUGACUUCAGCAAACAAAAUUGAGGAGUUGGAAGAACUGUUGUCAUUUUUCUGUAUCGUCCUGUCAACAACACUAGCAAUGGAGCCAACAGACAAGUACUUGUUAAAACACAAAGGGUGUUAUUUCGUUCAAGAAGCAAUUACACCUGAAUAUAUUGAUUCACUGGAGGAUUUUGAAAUCAGGGACAGUGACAUAUUUCUGGUCACUUUUCCAAAAUCAGGAACCAUAUGGACACAGAAUAUUUUGAGCUUGAUUCUUCAUGAAGGUCAUCGAAAUGGAACUGAAAAUAUGGACCUGUUAGACAGAGUUCCAUGGCUGGAGUACAACGUACGCAAUGUAGAUUAUGUUAAUCGUCCAUCACCUCGUCUUUUUGCUACCCAUCUGCCCUACUAUUUAGCACCAAAAGCGUUAAAAAUCAAAAGAGGAAAGGUUAUUUAUGUGAUGAGAAACCCAAAGGAUGUCUUGGUGUCCUACUAUCAUUUUUCCAAAGUUUCUGUCAAACUUGAAGAAGUGGAAGACUUCGAAAUUAUUAUGGAGAGGUUUCUGGCAGGUAAAGUGGUAGCUAAUUCAUGGCUAGAUCAUAUAGAAGGCUGGUCUACUCAGAGGGACAACUUGAAUAUUCUCUUCCUUAUGUAUGAAGAAAUGAAGAAGAAUCUGAGAACCUCUGUAUUGAAAAUAUGCAACUUCCUGGGGAAAAGACUAACUGAAGAGGAGUUGGAUGAUGUUGUGGACAAGGCUUCAUUUGACAAAAUGAGUGCAGAUAGUAGAACCAAUUACAGCACCACAUCCCCUGAUGUCCUAGAUUUCAGCAAAGGACGCUUUCUGCGCAAAGGUACUAUUGGAGACUGGAAAAACAUGAUGACAGUUGCACAGAGUGAAAGGUUUGACAGUGUUUUCAAGGAACGGAUGGAAAAGCUGCCCUUCAAGUUCUGCUGGGAUAUCAAGGAUGAAUGAUGAAUUAUGAUGGACAAACCUAUCUCUUUUACAUUGCAAAGCACAAAAGAUAAUUGCAUAAGUGAUUGUGUAUCAGUUAUGAAAUGUGAAUUGGAGCAGAGCCUAUGAAAAUGGAAAAGAAAGGAUUUUCUUCCCAGUUAGUAAUGAGAAGCCAAUGCCAAAUUAAAAUAGGAACUGAUUAAAUUAAUUAUUUUAUUUGA